GGAUCGCUCAUGCAACAACGUAACAGCUGGUGGGAGGGUGAUACCAAAGGAAACUUCGCGCGAAAAUUACUGUGCGCGAUACGUGCAAAUUUACCUGUGCGACAACCAAACACCUGAAGUUUUUGAAACUGGAAUGGCAGAGCCAAGAGUAAUAGAAAGUGUCCAGGGAACAAGCUCAGCAAUAAUGCACCCUGAAGCAAGCAACUCACUGGAGGAAGGCCUCACAUCAGAGGAACAAAUGGAGGAAGAGAAGUUUGCUAUUCUCAGCAACAAGACGAUACUGGUCAGCCCCAGCACGGACCAGUUCGACCUGCUGCGCUCUCGGCUGGCGACACGCACCGAGGAGGGGCAGGGCGAGACAAUCUAUGAGGUCGGAGUGGCAGAAGGUGGCGGCGAGGCUGGCCUGAGCCAGGACGAGUACGACGCCUCCGUGGCCACACUGCAGAGCCUUGCCACCACCCUGGACGCCGACUGCGUGUUGUUACGAGAGAAAAAGGUGGAGGGCGGCAUCACCGGCCAGUACCUGGUGCGGAAGCGGGCCGACGAGCAGGACUUCAUGGAAGUCAGGGUGGCCGUGGUGGGUAACGUGGACGCGGGCAAGUCGACACUGCUGGGCGUGCUGACGCACGGGGAGCUGGACAACGGCCGGGGGUUCGCGCGGCAGAAGCUGUUCCGCCACAAACACGAGAUGGAGUCGGGCCGCACGUCCAGCGUGGGCAACGACAUCCUGGGGUUCGACAGCCAGGGCCAGGUGGUGAACCGGCCCGAGCACGGCUCGCUCGACUGGGUGCGCAUCUGCCAGAAGGCCUCCAAGGUCAUCACGUUCAUCGACCUGGCCGGACACGAGAAGUACCUGAAGACGACGGUGUUCGGCAUGACCGGCCACGCGCCCGACUUCGGCAUGCUGAUGGUGGGCGGCAACAUGGGCAUCGUCGGCAUGACCAAGGAGCACCUGGGCCUGGCGCUGGCCCUCAGUGUGCCCGUGUUCGUCGUCAUCACCAAGACAGACAUGGCGCCCGAGCAGGUGUUACAGGACACGCUGAAGCUGCUGGUCAAGAUCCUGAAGUCGCCCGGCGUGCGCAAGGUGCCCGUUAUUGUGCGCACCGCCGACGACGUCGUCAUGUCGGCCACUAACUUCGUCUCGGAGCGGUUAUGUCCCAUUUUCCAGGUGUCAAACGUCACCGGCCUGAACCUGGAGCUGCUGAAGAUGUUCAUGAACCUGCUGACAACGCGGCCGGCCGGCUGCACGUCCGACCCGGCCGAGUUCCAGAUCGACGACACGUACUCGGUGCCGGGCGUCGGCACGGUCGUCUCCGGCACCACGUUACGCGGCACCAUCCGGCUGAACGAUACGCUACUGCUGGGGCCCGACCCGGUCGGCAACUUCGCGCCCAUUGCCGUACGCUCCAUACACAGGAAGCGGCUGCCGGUGUCGGAGGUGCGCGGCGGCCAGACGGCCAGCUUCGCCCUCAAGCGGGUGAAGCGCUCCCAGAUCCGCAAGGGCAUGGUGAUGGUGUCGGCCGACCUGAAGCCGCAGGCCUGCUGGGAGUUCGAGGGCGAGAUCCUCGUGCUGCACCACCCCACCACCAUCUCGGCCCGCUACCAGGCCAUGGUGCACGUGGGCAGCGUGCGGCAGACGGCCUCCAUCGUGCGCAUGUCGCAGGACAACCUGCGCACCGGCGACAAGGCCAACGUCCACUUCCGCUUCAUCAAGCACCCGGAGUACCUGAAGCCGGGCCAGCGCAUGGUGUUCCGUGAGGGUCGGACAAAGGCCGUGGGCAACGUCACCAAGAUGAUCCCCAAGGCGCCGCCCGGCCAGCAGCAGAAGCAGAAGUCACAGAAGGCACAACAGCAUCACCACCAUCAGCAGCAGCAGCAACAGCAGCAGCAGAAGACGGAGCUGGCGGCGGCAUCUGCGGCUGCGGCGUGUGCAGUGCCGGCCAGACGGCGUUAG